CACCCACAACCCUACUCACAACCAUAACAAGGCUCUCUUAGCCGUAUAGACCUUGUUGACAACGGCCACGGUACACACAUCCGACGAUGAGUGCAACUGUAGCUUCGCGGCCGUCUGCCCUCGACAGGGUGCCACCCGAAAUCCUGAACCACAUCUUCACUCUCGGCUCAGGGCCAAUCUCCUUCAACGAUAUUAAACCAUUUCCUCUACUCAUUUCUCAAGUCUGCGGUCGCUGGCGCGACAUCGCACUCGCCAACUCUCGCCUCUGGACCACCAUCUCCUGCACACGCGACGCGCCACGUUUCCCUAUCCUGAAGCUCCUCCUCGAACGCUCACAUACCCAACCACUCAAUCUCUAUUUCGACUUCACUUCUCCGAAAGAUUACAUCGAAACUUACCCAUGCCCUGCUGCGCGCCACCCCAUCACCGAGCACCAUCCAUUCGCGGAUGAAGAGUACGAGAGUCCGUUCUACCUUACCGAUACGGACAAAGUCCGGAAACGCCUGACGCUCCUCACGACGCAUCGUCCCCUACGCACAUACUCCGUCACGUCCAACAACUACUCCUUCGUCUCCCUUUCCCUGCGCUCCUUCCCUCUCGGCCCCGCGCCACACCUCAUCGACUUCUCGGUCUCGUACAUCCCAGGCUAUGAAGACAUUUCGCGUUGGGGAACCGUUCACGUUCCGUUGAAUGGAGUGGCACCGAGGCUGGAGAGUGUAAGGUUGAGGGGUUUGGAUCUGUACUGGGGAGCGUCGACGUUCAUUACCGGGUUGACGUCAUUGGAGUUGCGGGAUCACGAUAGUCGGGUAUGGAUCUCCCAUCCUCGACUGCAGGCCAUCCUUACUUCAAAUCCAGGACUGGAGACGUUGGUACUGGACAAUUCGGGUCCGUUAGGCGUGGCGGACGAAUGGCCGGUGGAGGAAGUAUUGGAUAUGCGAUCCUUGAAGAGGUUGGUAUUCGCGAGACAACGAGCGGAGGAAGGCGCGGCGAUUUUGAAGCGUUUGAGGUUGCCGGCAUUGAGGCAGCUGGAGAUCGAUCUACCGGUUAUGGGUCAGGAGCGGGAGGAAGGGGUGCACGACGAGAUUAUGAGGUUGCUCGUUCCCCUGGUGGAGAAGCUCGAAGUCCUGCGCAUCGAGGAGGUUCAUUGUAGUGAACGAGCGCUUUGUGCAUUCGUAGCAGCGCUGACGAAUCUUCGCGUCUUGGUCGUCAACAAUAACGAGCAUCUCCUGGGCGAUUCCCUGUCCUUCAUCCAGCAUUCCACGCCAUCUACCCUCAUAUCGCUGCUGGCCGAAUGCGUCCAUGGAUCUUCGCCUCUCUCCCCCGCUUACGUCCCACGGCUCUCGACUCUCGUCCUCGCCUCUCUCAACCGUCAGCACAUCCACUCCGAGCUCGACUUUCGUGCUCCCAUUCUUUCCACCGUCUACACUUCUCUCUCAUCGGCUUCGACUCCGAACCCCGCAACGGAAUCAAUACCAGAAGUCGAUGCCGGGCGAACCGUCAACGUUGGCGAAAUCGAGUGGAGACGGUGGUGCCCGGUAGACGAUGGGGAGUAUGGAGUCGGCAAGAUUGACCUUUUCGACAUAGAGGGACUGCUAUCCAGGGUUAGCUUCCAGUGAGAGGACGAUUACCUGAUGUCUUCUUCGUUUAUCCUUCUCGACUGGGGCUUCCUCUCGUGGAUGCUUUGGUCGACUCCUCGAUAGCUUAUUUUCUCUUCUCUACUUAGUUCUCGUCUACGGAUACCCCGCCACUUCAUGCUCUAUCGCUUCUCUCGUCCACCGCUCGCACUCAUGAUUCCCUCCUCCUGCCUCGUUUCACCAAUAUCCUCUGUUCAGCCCCUGCCUUUAUUCAUUGCAUGUUGUCGCACGAGCAUAGCGCCACAUAAUCUCUAGACCGGCGUCUUCUCUUCACGUACCUACCCGCCAACCUUUCAUGCUUCCUUGCUGUACAUAGACUCAACAGGACACGUCUCUCCCAUCCCGGUACAUACUUACAACUCGGCCAUUCCUCGCUUUAUUUGCUGUACGACUGCAUACACUUCUAAUCAUAGCACGCCACAUCUCUGAGUACUUGCUACGCCACAAAUCUACGUUUCACAACUUUUUGUUCGCGUUCGCCGAGUCGCCGAGGUUCGCUGUUUCUGCUUGCUGGGGUCUCGUUCGAACAAUUCAGCAAUUUC